AUGGCGACGCUGCCGCGGAGAGGGAAGGGCGGCGGCGCCGGAGGCGGCGGAGGCGGCGGAGGCGGCGGAGGCGGUGGCAAGGACCCCGCGUCGCCCUCGCCGGGCUCCCCGCGGGGUCCCGGCGAGGGCGCCGUCGUCACGCCGCUGCCGCCGCUUGACGGCAGCAGCCGCGCCGUCGGCAGCCGCCUGAGCCGCGUGACGGGCAGCGAGAGCACCUCCAGCCUGCGGGGCCUCCACCAGCAGAAGCAGCAGCAGCAGAAGCAGCAGCGCCCCACCUCCCACGGCGUGGACAAAGCGCCGGGCAAGGUCCAGGUGGCGCCGACGGCGUCGGUGGGAGCCGCCGCGGCCGCGUCGGCAGUGGCGGCCGCGGCCGCGGCCACGGCGUCAUCGGAAUGCGGACACGGAGAAGAGACGGCGGUUGACGAUUUGGACGAAGGCGGCGGCGGCUGCGGCGGCUGCGGCUGCGGCUGCAUGAGCAGCCUGGGCCGUUUGGCCUCCGCCGUCCUCGCCGGAACCCGGCGGACACCACCGCCGGGCCUCGGCGAAGACGAAGCCGUCGCGGGCGAGGCGUCGGCACCCCGCCGGCGGCCCCGCAGGGAGCGCCUCGCCGUGUCGGCGCUGCUCGCCGCGCUGCUGGUCACGGGGCUGGCGGCGGCGGCGCUGCGCUGGACGUCGCCGGGGUCGGGGAGCUCCGGGGCCUUCCGCCCGCCGCCGCCGCCGCCGCCGCCCCCGCCGGGCCUGGCCAAGGCCGGCGGCGGGGCGUCGUCCUCGCAGGGCGAGGGCCCGGCGUCGUCCCGCCCCGGCCCGGCCUCUGCGUCUCCCUCGCCGACCCCGCCGACCCCGCCCACCGGCGGCGACGUCGCGGCAACGCCCCCGUCCCCGCCCCCGUCCCCGCCGCGAAGGCCUCAUUCUCCCCGCCCCCCGAACCUGCCGCCCACGGGGCCGGGGCCCCCGCCGGCCAAGGCUUCGGAGCGGGCGCAGCCGGGCGGCGCGGACGGCGCUGGGCCUCCGUGGCCGCCGUGGGGCCCCAGGGGCGGGGAGGGCAGCGGAGGUUGGCCCGUAGAGGAUCGGUUAGCGGGAGGAGGGGCGGGAGGAGGGGCGGGGACGAGGACCGGGGGGGCGGCGGCGGCCACCGUAACCGACGACGAGGACGACGGGGACGCCGACGUGAACGCCGACGGCGGGGACGAAGGCGGGGAGGCGAGGGCGGGCGAGGGGAGGAGCGAGGAGGAGGAGGAGGGGCGGGCGAGGGGGCCGACCCUCACAGCCGCCCCCCGCGCGGAGGGAACGGGAUUCCGCACGGGGCACCUCCACCCCUGCGAACCGAAACUCCAGCACGGGUUUUGCUUCAACGGAGGAACCUGCCAGAGGGUGCAAGGAGCUGAAGUCACGGGACUGUCGUGCAUGUGCCGGGCUGGGUUUUCGGGUCAGCGCUGUGAGCAGCAGACGACCCCAACACGUCUCAAACGCAGCGCCGGCCUAGACUCCAGGCUUCACACUGAGGCUGUGCUUCCCGUGGUCAUCUUGGUGUGGUGCCUCAGCCUCGGCCUCCUCCUCCUCCUCAUCCUGUCCCUCGCCUGGAUCCCAGCCCUGAGACACAGGUCUCGUCCCUCGGUUUCUCCACCUCCCACGCCUUCAAACCCCAGAGGAAUCCCUCCUCGGCUUCUGUGGAUUUCCACCUCAUCGGAGCCUCCGCGGAUUUCUGCUCCGUUGGAACUUCCGCAGAUUUCUACUGCGACCAGGAGCUAGGCCUCUUGAACUCUAUUGAACUCUGCCCCGAAGAGAAACAGAGACUCAGAGGCCGGAGGUCAGAGGUUGGAAAAGAGAGAGAGAUGGAGAGAGACGGAGAGAGAAGACACAGAGAGAGAGAGGGCGAGAUGGCUUCACUCAAAUCUACAACUAUUAUAACAUAAAUGAUAUAGCCUAAUAUAUAGGAGAGGAGGAGGAAAGAGAGAGAGACACACGGAGAGAGAGAGAGAGGCAUGGUAAGAGAGAGAUGGGGAGAGAGACACACAUAGAGAUACAUGGGGAGUGAGCGAGAGACAC